AUGUUCAACAUUACCGGACCCUCUAUGCCUGGAGAAAACAAUGACGUGGACGGGCUCCUUAGAGGGGCGAAUUUCAACACGAACUACAACGGAACAGAUCACAAUUCCAUCCACAAUAGAGGCUACGCCUACUGGUUCUUCAACGUCAUUACUGUUGCUAUAGGACUGGUGGGAAAUGUCAUGAUUGUUCCUUUAAUGGGGGACGUGAAAUUAUCCUUCCUGUCGUACCCGGUGUACUUGGGAUGUCUGGCUUUUUUGGACAGUUCAGUGCUCAUUAUUUUCGACAUAAAGGAAUCGUUCAUAUAUUUCCAGUCCUCCUACCUUAUUGAGAGUAAUUUGGCCGUCUGUACGCUAACGAAAUUCAUACAAUACGUGGCGACGACUCUUUCUCCUUGGUUGAUGGUUGGACUGACUCUGGAUCGCUUCGUCUGUGUUGUUUUCCCGCUGAAACGCGACGGACUCUGCACUCGAAGAAAGGCUACGAUCGUCUGCUCGUGUCUGACCGCUGUGUCCGUAGUUAUGACUCUCCCACUGUUGAAUGGGCUGGAGAAAGUUGAAGGGUCAGAGAUAUGUUUUAUAAAAAAUUACUUAGUGAGGUACGCGACAUUUGUACGUAUUGUUUUCAACGCUAACCUUCCUUGUCUGUUGAUUCUCGUCCUCAACACUGUGAUUGGAAUCCACAUCCAGCGCAGCGUCACGUUCAGAAAGAGAUUUACAUCCACCUCCACCAGCUCUGGCGCCACUGAAAACACGCUGGACAAGUCAGUUUUUCCUCUCAUGUUGAUCUCGAUAUUGGCUUUCGUAACUCUCAUACCUUCAUCCAUUGCAGACAGCAUUGUUUUGAUCCUAUAUAUUACUAAAUCGGAUCCUGAAACUCUGGCCUUCAUCCUCUUCAAACUGUGGCCGGUGCUUAAUAUUUUAUACCUUAUGAAUUUUGGUCAGAAUUUCUACAUCCUAAUGGUCAGUUCAGCUAACUAUAGAAAAAUUAUAAAGGCGAAACUGAAAUGCCAGAACCUCUGUGGACGGAAUGACGAUGUUACAGUGUCACGAGCUCUUGCUCAGGUUUCAGACUGUGUCGACGUCAGGACAACUAUGACAGAAUUGAACACUAUACAACCUGUACCACCCAGCUCGGUUGCCUCCGCUACUCUAGAAUUUGGUAACUGA